CAAAACGGUUUUAGACACAUGAAAAUAUUCGGUUCACAUGCACUAUACACUAUUCACGAACACACACAUGAAUACACGAGCCUCUUGUGUGGAAGAAGUAACAAUACCGACGCAACUGCCAAAUGGCCCAGUUGCUUCCAUGUGGUUUUGACUUUACGAUGUACUGCCGCGUGUGCGUUCACGAUUUUUGAACCCAAUGUGCGAUACUAAGACCUAAGUUCGAAAAAUAUUAUCUUUUCAAAUCGAAGUGAAUAGUGUGGUAUAGUUGUAAAGUAAUUAUUAUUAUUUGAUUUCAAACGAAAAUGAAUUUUAAAAGAUGAAGUGUUUACUGUUGAUUUUGUUCAUCGCGCAAACUGUAUACCAAAUCAGAGUUGCAGGUAGUGUAAUAAAAAAAAAAAUCGACGAACAACCAAAAACGUAUUUUGAAAAUGCGCCACAAAAUGUGUUUGCGUCCGCAGGCCAAAACGUCUUACUGCCAUGCCGGGUGAGGCAUUUAAACGAUAAAGUGGUUUUGUCAUGGAUUAGAAUGCGUGACUUACAUAUACUUACUUCUGGACCAUAUUUGUUUACUAAUGAUGGCCGGUUUGGAAUUCAACAUCCUCUGAGAGAUUCUGCUGUUUGGAAUUUGCAGAUAAAAGAUGUAUCGCCGAAAGACAUGGGUUCUUAUGAGUGCCAAGUUAAUACUGAGCCAAAAAUUAAGUUUUUGGUCAAUCUGACUAUUUUUGAGUCCGAUGUGAUGAUCGGUGAUAUGGGAGAAACCAGUUUUAACGAGGAUGAACACCAAUCUGACGUAGUCGACCAGCAGUCAAAGACGUCCAACUACGAACCGUUGGAGAGACGAAUGACGCCGGGUGGAUCGAUAACAUUCACCUGUAGGAUCGGUCUGAUCGAUCAGAACCAUCAGAGUAUACAGUGGUAUCACAACGAAAAGCUAAUAUCGAUAAUGGACCGCAGAGGAAGUUUGAGUGUGGAGACAGACAGGUCAUCGAAUUUUUUCGCCAGUCGUCUUACACUUGCCAGCGUUACUAAAGCUGAUUCUGGAAAGUACACUUGCAAAUCUGGCAAUACAAAUUCUACUACUUUUACACUACAUGUUAUUUCACCAGCGAAUGGAUUAGCUUUGCAAGAUGGUUUGACAUCAAAAGGUUCACAUAAUUACCAACCCGAUUAUGUUAUGUCAAUUAUCAUAUUUAAUCACAUUUUAUGUUCAAUAUUUGUAUUUAAAUUGCUGCAAUGGUAAACAUAAUAUUUGUAA